AGGCGGGCGGCGGCAGCGGCGGCGGCGGUGGCGGCGGCGGCGCGGGGUUCAUUCCUCGUGCUCUGCGUUGGGCCCCCCAGCCGCGACCGCCGCCCCGCCUCGGCUGCCGUCCGAGCCCCGCCGGGCCUGGCUCCGGGGUCCUCCCCGCACGGCUCCUGCUGGUGUCCCCAGAACAUGGGAGGCUGCUGAGUGCACACGGCGUGUCCAGCUGAGCGUGGUCAGCCUGUGGCCGGGAGGGCGUCCAUGGCUGCAGCCAACAAGGGCAGCAAGCCCAGAGUCCGGAGCAUCCGCUUUGCGGCGAGCCACGAUGCCGAAGGCUCCCAGGGCCACGUCCACUUUGACGAGAAGCUGCACGACUCGGUGGUGAUGGUCACCCAGGAGAGUGACCGCAGCUUUCUGGUCAAGGUCGGUUUCCUGAAGAUCCUGCACAAGUACGAGAUCACCUUCACACUGCCCCCGGUGCACAGGCUGAGCAGCGACACCCGCCAGGCACCCGUGCCCAGCCUGCACCUCAGGCUCCUCAGCGUCACGCCCUGCCCUGAAGGCUACAGCGUCAAGUGUGAGUACUCGGCACACAAGGAGGGCGUGCUCAAGGAGGAGAUGCUGCUAGCCUGCGAGGGCGGCGUGGGCACCUGCGUGCGCGUGACGGUGCAGGCGCGCGUCAUGGACCGCCACCACGGGACGCCCAUGCUGCUGGACGGCGUCAAGUGCGUGGGCGCCGAGCUGGAGUACGACUCGGAGCACAGCGACUGGCACGGCUUCGACUGAGGCCCGCCGCCAGCCCCGCGGCCUUAAGCCCCGCCUCACCUCCCGCUGUGGC